AUGAGGAAACUCACACAAUCUUAUGGUCGCCAAGUGAAGAGGUCUCGGUAUCUUGAUCAAAUCCAGAAGGCGGAGGAGGCUGCGAAUGCACACAACCCUUAUGAGUUGUACCGCAUAGUUCGUCGUCUUGCUCCCAGGCAGCGCUAUCAGACCGUGCAGAUCCGAGACGAAGACAAUAGUAUCAUUUCUCAUGCCAGAGAACUGGAACAACUACGGGUACACUUCACCAAGGUCUGGAGUCUUCCAACGAACUGGAAGUGCCCCACUCUGCGCAGUCGAUCUGAUGUUAUGUCUCACAUGUCUUUGCAGGAAGAUAUCUACGUUCCGCAGACAGACAAGCUUCUGGUUUGUGCUUCCUCCAUUCCACCCUACAAGGCACUACCCAAAACACAUCCGAUUGCGCCUGCUUUUAGGGCGGUUGCAGAUCUGCUUGGUCAGAAAGUUCUCAGUUUGCUUGGUCGCGAGUUCCGAAAACAGAUGCCAGGCUCCUGGAAUCUUACUCAUGUGGCUUUGAUUCCCAAACCGGGCAAGAAGGUGGGCGCCAUAUCCUCAUUGCGACCAAUUGGCCUCCAGGAUCCUGUUGCCAAGUGCUAUGUGAAGGUUUUGGCGGAUGAUCUCAAACCUUACGCGAUGACAUAUCUCCGGCGCAUCCCUCAACACGCUUACCUGGCCUAUCGCUCAACCUACACCGCUAUAGUUCAGGCCUUUGACACGGCGCCGUGGGCUCUGCUGGAACAGGCCCUGAAUCGCACUGCAGCACCCAGCGACCUGAAAGGACGUAUCAUGGAAUGGAUCACGGGUACUACCUAUGUGCUUGAGCACCGUGGAUCGAGGGUCAACAUUCCUGCUGAGAGAGGCGUGCGCCAAGGCUGUGUGCUUAGUCCUUUGCUGUGGAGUCUCUUUACUGGACUCAUAUAUGAAGAAUUUCAGUACAUUGUUCAGGGAUCUGGUCUCUCACCGGACAUUGUCUUCUUUGCUGAUGACAAGCACUUGGGCUGGCUACUACGAAAGCCUCAGGAACUGGCCCUGGCCCUGGAACAAUUUGGCAAAUUUCUUUCUUUGCUACGAUCCUUCGGACUCCAAGCCAAUCCCACGAAAAGCAAGGCUAUACUGUCUAUGCGGGGCUCUAUGUCUCAAAGUCUUCGUCGUUUGUGGGUAUCACUGUAUCGAGGCGAGAGCUGGCUGCGUAUUCCGGUGGGACUGAGCAAUGAAUACAUACCUUUGGUGCAGCAGAUUGAUUACCUGGGUAUUGUCCUUUCGUAUGGAAGAUUUGAAGACCUCAGUUGGAAGCGUAGGUUCGGUGUCUCUCAGGCCAGCUAUGAACGUCUUCGCAAGAUUCUCUUGGGCCACCAUGUGUUGUCUCUGAAGCAUCGCAUACAAUUGUGGCGAGCUGUUGUUCUAUCCUCUGCUUGCUAUGGACUUGUUGGUGUGGAGCCAAUCUGGUUAUGA